UAGGGGAGGGUGUGGGGUACGAUCUCCGCGGCCUGGGGCUCAUGUCUAUGGUGGAGGGACCCGCGAGCGAACGGCGACACAGCGGCGGGAAACAGACAAAGGGCGUCGCCAUGGUGAUGGCAGAGGAGGACAGCACCGUGCAGGUGGUGGUGCGGGUGCGGCCACCCACCCCUCGGGAGUUGGAGAGUCAACGGCGGCCCGUGGUUCAGGUGGUAGAUGAGCGAGUGCUGGUGUUUGACCCUGAGGAGCCCGAUGGGGGGUUCUCUGGUCUGAAAUGGGGCGGCACCCAUGAUGGCCCCAAGAAGAAGGGCAAAGACCUGACGUUCGCCUUUGACCGGGUCUUCGGCGAGGCAGCCACCCAACGGGAAGUGUUCCAACACACUACUCACAGCAUCCUGGACAGCUUCCUCCAGGGCUACAACUGCUCAGUGUUUGCCUACGGGGCCACCGGGGCCGGGAAGACACAUACCAUGCUGGGCAGGGAGGGGGACCCUGGCAUCAUGUACCUGACCACCAUGGAACUGUAUAGACGUCUUGAGGCCCGGCAGGAGGAGAAGCGAUUUGAGGUGCUCAUCAACUACCAGGAGGUGUACAAUGAGCAGAUCCACGACCUCCUGGAGCCCAAGGGACCGCUCGCCAUCCGUGAGGACCCCGACAAGGGAGUGGUAGUGCAAGGCCUUUCUUUCCACCAGCCAACCUCAGCUGAGCAGCUGCUGGAGAUGCUGACGAGGGGCAACCGCAACCGCACGCAGCACCCCACGGAUGCCAACGCCACUUCCUCCCGCUCCCAUGCCAUCUUUCAGAUCUUCGUAAAGCAGCAGGACCGCGUUCCAGGACUGACCCAGGCUCUUCAGGUGGCCAAGAUGAGCCUGAUCGACCUGGCUGGCUCAGAGCGUGCGUCCAGCACCCACGCCAAGGGGGAACGGCUGCGGGAGGGUGCCAACAUCAACCGCUCUCUGCUGGCCCUCAUCAACGUCCUCAACGCCCUGGCCGACGCGAAGGGCCGCAAGUCUCACGUGCCCUACCGGGACAGCAAAUUGACCCGCCUGCUCAAGGACUCCAUCGGGGGCAACUGCCGCACCGUGAUGAUUGCAGCCAUCAGCCCCUCCAGCCUGGCCUACGAGGACACUUACAACACCCUCAAGUACGCCGACCGGGCCAAGGAGAUCAGGCUCUCGCUGAAGAACAAUGUGAUCAGCCUGGACUGUCACAUCAGCCAGUAUGCCACCAUCUGCCAGCAGCUCCAGGCGGAGGUGGCUGCUCUGAGGAAGAAGCUCCAAGAGUAUGAGGCAGGAGCCCAGCCCGCACAACAGGAUCUCCCACGGUCCCCCCAGCUGGGUCCAUCGCAACAACACCUGGCCAGCUCCCCUUCACCACCCUGCCCUCCCAGGCAGCCCUGCACCCCAGCGCUCCAGGUGGGGUCUAGAACCCUUCAAGAGGAGAGCCUGGGGACAGAGACGCAGGUGGAGAAGGUCAUGGGAAGGAACUCUUCAGACCAGGAGCAGCCCUCAAAGGACAAGGACAAAGGCCCAGCCGAGCAGGUUCCAACCCAGAUACCAGAGCAGGACUGCAGGCACCCACUGCCAGGGUCCCCCAGCCUGACCCUGCAGCCCAAGCCUGUCGUGGGCCACCUCUCGCCGCAGAAGCUGGGCAGAGACCGUUCUAAGGAGUUGGCUCUGAAGGUGCUAUGCCUGGCCCAGCGGCAGUACUCCCUGCUCCAGUCAGCCAACCUCCUGACUCCUGACAUGAUCACAGAGUUUGAGACCCUACAGCGGCUGGUGCAAGAGGAAAAAGCUGAGCCUGAGGCUGAGCCUGAGGCAGAGACCUCUAGGACAUCUAGACUGACCCAGGGGGGACUUCUGGCCCAGGAACUAUGUUCCAAGUCAAAGUCUCCAGGAUACUCUGGCCCCGUGACCCGCACCAUGGCAAGGCAAUUGAGUGGUCUCAUGCACACUCUGGGGAUCCCACCUGGGCCUGACCGCACCCCAGCCCGGGCCUCCCGACGGCCCACGGAAAAGAAGAGAAGGCGGACACCAAGCCCCUCAGAGCCAGACAGCCCUCUGGCCCCAAAGCAGGAGACCAAGCGCCAACGCCAGUCCUUCCUGCCCUGCCUGAAGAGAGGGUCUCUACCUGAGGCCCAGCCUGCCUUCGGGCCCAGCACACCCAAAGGGUGCCAAUUCCCUCGCUUCUGCUCGGCCACGGUCAUCAAAAGGCGGGUGCCCCUGGGCCCUUCUGCCAUGCAGAACUGCUCCACUCCUCUGGCCCUCCCUGCCCGAGACCUCAACGCCACCUUUGACCUCUCUGAGGGGCCUCCUUCAGAGCUUGAUUUCCCUGAGUGCGUUGGCUGGGAGGAAGUCCCCCCGUCGCUGACCAGGCUGGACCGUCCCUUCAUCCCCAGUGGCCCCAUGCUGCUGUUCACCACCAAGGGUCCCAAGCCAACAUCUUCCCUCCCUGGGACUUCAACCUGCAAAAAGAGGCGACCUAUGAGUUCCUCAGUCUCCCGAGGUCACAGCCGCAUCGCUCGCCUCCCUGGCAGCACCCUGAAGAGGCCGGCUGGGCCACUGGCAAUUCCAGAGCCUCCCUCAAGUCCCCGCUGCCCCGGUGACCUGAGAGGCCGAAAGGAAGUCAUUGGGGCUGGGGGAAUGGUGUCAGCUGGGAGCUACAUCACCAAGGUGUCCUGACCACCACUUCCUCCAGGCUGGCUGCCACCUGCACCAGGAGCCUGAGCAGCUUUCCUUGUCAUGUGAUGAAUGCUAGCACCUUUCCUGUACCGAAACCCUGCCCCCAACCGUACAUCUUGCUACUCGGCCUCUGUCAAUUUCUUGUUACGCUCAGCUUCUCAGCAUGUAUAUAGCCACCUGUGAAUGUCAACGUGUUGCUAUUUAAAAGGGUGCUGUCAUGCCCCCCCCACCCCCGUUUAUAACGCCCUCCAUGCUGGUAGGUGACUCUUCUGGGCUCUGUCCCUCACCCCUGUCUAAUGCAGGGCUCUGCACAAUGAGGGCCACAGGCAGUAAGGAGGGAUGAGGACGGGAUGGCACGUGGUCAGGAGUCCCAGCUUGGCUCUUACUGAUUUCCAAGAGAGGGUGUCUUCAGGCUGGUGUAGGAACCCUGGCCCCUGGUGGCCAUCCUGGUGAUGCUGCAGAUGAUGGCGAUGACUUGAUUUCCAAACAAAGACUGCUUUUGUUGUAUCCUGUUGUGAACAGCACACGCAUUCAGCAUGUAAGGAAGUGGGAAGAAAGGAGAAUUCAGCCUUAAUGCUAUCACCUACUUACACAUACUAGUGGCACUGGGCCAACCAGGGCAUGGUUAAAGUGGUUACAUCCAUGUGGCCAGCUGUGUGGUUUGAGUCCCAGACCUGGUAGAUUGAAAAACACACC